AUGGCAGGGGACAUCCGAGGAUUCGCGUUGGAUAAGGUCGAGAUAAUUUCAAGUUGUUUGCGGGAUCUGCUGUCUUCUGGAGAAGGUUAUGUCAGAACACAUUUGGGAGUGGAGCUGGGUCUGAGAGCGGAGCAGCUUCCUCCGUGGGUGAUGCUGCUCUCGGCCGUCGUGGGGCUGCUGGUGCUGAUGGUGCCCUGUGCCGCUGUCUGCGGCGGUCUGCUUGGCGGGAAGAAGAAGCGAUCAGUGAACAUAACAUCAAAGGAAAAUGUGGAGCCCCAUAAGGAUUUAACCAAAAACAGUGCAGCGCCAGAAGAACUGAGAAGGAAAAACAAGAAGAAACUGACUGAAAAGAAGACCCCAUCCAAUGGGCAACCAGUGUCUAUAUCACACGGGUGUCAAGAAAAUGUGAAGGUAUCGCCCAAGACUAAAGUAGAAAAGCUGCAGUCAACGUCUUCAGAGGUUCUAUCGGUCCAGAUACCAACACAUGUUAAGAAAAACAAAAAGAAACCUAAGCCUGAGGCGAGACCAACCCAGCAAACAUCUACACCUGAGGAAAAGCAGGAUGAUGGUGCAUGGGAGACCAAAGUCAGUAACCGAGAGAAGAGGCAGCAGCGAAAAAAGGAGCGAGGUUCUGAUGUCUCCGGAAGCCCAGGAGGCCUUGUGGCCCCUCGGGCUCCUGUAGAGGGACCUGGGGUCAAGACAACCAAGAAGAACAAAAAACAUGGCUCCCUGCUUUCAAAGCCUCCUGGAAAAGUGGGUGUAGGAGCUGCAACCACCUGGAGUGAAGAAGCUUUGAACAAUACUGCAGGAUGGAUAGAUAUGUCUUUAAAAGUGUCCUCCAAAAGGGGGCCAAUGGAAGGGCCAAAGUGGAGUGGCCUUUCUGCAACCCAGCCCUGGACACAAGAAACCCAAGUAGCAUGGAGUGGGAUUGAGGGAAGAAUGAAGAAUGACCUGAAUCCAGUGUCAUUUUCAAUGCUGGCACCAAGCCCAGCAGAGCCAGCUGCCAGUUCAAUUGAGCAGUGGACAAAUCAAGUUCCAGAGGAUGAUUGGUCUGGAUUUAAUGGGAUCACUACAGACCCCACCUCUGACUGGAACGCCCCGCUCGAGCACUGGGGUAACUACGAAGAGCCACCUCCAGUGGAGCCUCCUGCCUUUGCAUUAAAGGAACAACCAGGCAUCAUCAAGUUGUCUGAAGAUGAAAAGGACAGUGAUCCAUCUGAGGGAGCAGCCAAGUCUAAGAAGAGGCGAAGAAAGAAGAAGAAGACUGAAGAAGAAAGUGGGUCUGCGUCUCAGAUGGUGAGCUCUGUUUUCAAACAAGAGCUUUCAGUACAAUCUUCUCACAAACCCAGCACAUUACCUGCUCAGAAGAAGCCUGAGGAGACAGCAGAGCCUCUCAAGUUUGUGCAAAAGAAAAAGGUUCGAAGAGAAACUUGA